AUUCACAGAGCUCAGGUGCAUCGUAGCAGAGAUGAAGUUGUCCAUUGUCUUUUUCCUCCUGCUUUGUAGCAUGGCUUUGUGUCAAAUAAGAGAAUAUAUCCUCGUGUCUGAAACAAAGACUUGGGAUUCUGCUCAGAAGUAUUGCAGGGAAAACUAUGUGGAUCUCGCAACCAUCACUACAAACGAGGAGAACCAGAUGUUGAUAAAGUCUGCAGCUGCAUCCAACAUUUUGUACUUUUGGAUUGGACUGCACAAAAUCGCACUUGAUUCAGACAUCUGGGAAUGGUCUGAUGGAGAAUCAGCUAAUUUCUUCAGUUGGAGUCCUAACCAACCUGAUAACUACAAAGGAAAAGAGGGUGUCGUCAUAAUGUCUCAGAAAGGCUGGAACGACGUGCCUUAUACACGCAUUUAUCCAUUCUUUUGUUCCUGGAGAUUUGUUUUGGUGAAUGACAGUAAGACCUGGGAGGAAGCUCACGAGUACUGCAGAACUUACUACACUGGCUUGGCCAGUCCGAUCUCUACAGCACAGCUAACCCUGGCUGGGAAUGUGUUAGCGCAAACCCAAACAGUCAGUGUGUGGACCGGCCUGCACUUUGUGAACGGACAGUGGAUCAGUAUGAGCAGGUCGCCGUUGGAGGGUCUGGUCUCGCUGCCCUCAUGCCCAAGCCGACACUAUCGCUGUGGAGCUCUGAACACCAAGACAACUAUUUGGCAGAACAGAGACUGCAGUGAGAAGCUGAAUUUCCUCUGCUACUGAAGAGUGGUAACUCACCCCUUAACUCUCUUCUUAACACAACACUUGCUGAGAGGUGAGAUGUGAACCUUCUACCACAUCUACUGAUUUCAAUACACUGCAGCACGAUGCACAAGCCGAGGGUUCUCGAAAAGCACUUAGUGGAAGUCUGGAUUUGCUCUAUAUCAUAGCUCUAUUUUCAUUUAAUUCUUAUUAAAUAUGUCAA